CAUUUUGUCAUGGUUCCGUACUAUUUUUGUUUGUGAAACGUAAAUGGAAUCAUAAUUCUACCUCAUUCGUCUAAUUAUUUAGUUUUCUGCUAAGUAUAAUAUUAUUGUGUAUUAUUGUAAGUGUAAAAAAGGAAUAACACCAGGUUUAUUAGAAGCAAGAACGAAAUAAAAAUCAUCUAUCUUUGACAGUACAUGUAUACGCAUUUUGCCUAUUUACCUACAAGUUUUCGCGGGCGAAUUGAAUUAAAAUGAUGGGCAAAAGAAUGCAUCACAACAGUAAAGGGAGAUUGGCAAGUAAAGGCCACGAUAACGGCAAGCCCUCAAGUCCAGGAAUUUCUCCCUACAAUAAACCCGCUAAAACAUCAGGCUCUGUAUCGGUGGGCAAAACAAAAGUAGACUUGUGUCCCAUACCCUAUAUACGACAACAGGAUAAUAAUGUCACGUUACCGCGACUAGCGGCUAUUGCAGCGAGAUCGGCAGAUGAACCUAUCGGAAUGGACGAAUUAGAUGCCUUGCAGCUAGAAUUAGAGUCACUCCUUUGUAAUACGGCACUGCGUAUACGGUAUUUUCAAGGAGAAAUAGAAAGCAUAGAUACGAACGAAUCCAAACGCGAAAAGAAGGGUAAAGCGGCUGGUAAACAACUUCAGUAUCCAGUGAAGAGGAAAUUCCAGGAAGAAAAACUGGUGAAAACGAAAGACUAUGCAAAACUGCCCAACCAACCCAAAAUACCAAAGUUUAAGAACUUCAAUAAUAGUUCAUCAACGUCUCAUAACUAUCCGAAUGAUAACAAUGUUAAUUCCGAUAAUUCUGUUAAAUUGGAGCUCUCUCAACUUGCCCUACCGAAAAAUAACAUUCCAUACAAGUUCUGGAACUCCGUGGAACCCUACUGUGCACCCAUAACUCUGGAUGACAUAAAGUUUCUGGAAUCUUUGCACGCUCAAAGCAGCAAUACCACUUUACCACCGAUACCGCCUUUGGGAAGACACUACUCUGAGGUAUGGGCUGAAGAACAUUUAACUGAAGAUCAAAAUGCUUCAAACCCUUACAAGCAAAAGUCUUCAGGGAUGUCUCCAGAUGCAUCCAACUUACGGAAAAAGUUAGAAAAGACAAAUGACAACAUGAUUACUGGACCACUUACUCAGAGGCUGGUGUCAGCGUUGAUGGAAGAAAAUGUGAUACCCUAUGAGGUAUCAGAUAUUAAGGUCAAACAACCACCAAGUACAAAAGUCAACAAUAGAAAUUCCCUAACAUUAGAAAAAUGUCUUCGUAAAGAGCUAGUCGAACAGGGUAUUCUGGAUCCCGAGGACUUGCCACCGCUGACUAAUCCUGCCGAUGACGAAAUUCUUGCAGAAAUUAAAAAGUGUCAGACUGAGUUGACUGCUGUGAGAAAAGAAAAUUGUCGGAAUCUUAAGAACCUGAUAAAUCAAUGUAAACAAGAAAUGAUAAGACUGAACUUGAAAAAGCAGCUCGAUCAAGUUGAUAUGGAGUGUACUGAGAUUUAUAAGAAAAUGGUUGCGGCCAAACAGAAAAAGCGACCAAUCACAAAGAAAGAAAAAGAAGAUGCUUGGAGAGCUAUUAAUGAACAAAUAAGACUUAAUAAGGAAAUAAAUGCUUUGCCUGUGACUGGGCCAAAUUCUAGUUAAAUUCUAUGUUAUUAUUGUGUAAUUUGGACUUAAAAGUAAAUAUUAUAUUCCUGCAA